AUGCCAGAAGACUAUGAAGAUGCAAUCAAAUCACUUCUUUCAGCUGACAAUCUUGUACCCAAUUGGCAAUUACAAACUCAUCUAAAAGUGAUUCACAAAGUAGUACCCAAAUAUGGACUAACAUCAGAAAACCUUAACCAAUUGAUCGAAUUAUGUUGUGCCACAUCAAAGACAAAUUUAUCUGAAGAUUCCAAGAUAAAGCUGAUUGAGAAAUCUUUAUUCCCCAAUGGCUUCCUUACUCAGAAAACCAUUGAUCUGAUCAUAAGCCAUUUAGGCACAAAUACUAUACUUACUUCUUCCUCUAGUAGGUUUCCCUCCAAGGAAAUUCAAAUUGCCUUAUGCAAAUGGUUAGUGCAUGUUUCCAUACUGAUACCGAAACAAUUGAUGAAUAUGUCUACAUGGUUCCAUCUUUGGCAAUUCGAAUAUAUUCAAAAAUGGAUCACAUUAAUCAUUGUUUGGUUCACUACAGACAAAAACCAAAUAAAUCCUUGGAAACUUAUCAUAAUGGAAAAUAUCACAAGUAAAACAAUGUAUAAAAAUAGUAAAGUGUAUGCCACUUUGAUCUUGAAACGAUACCUGACAAUCCUGGGCCAAUCAAACCGUAUUCAGGGCCUGAUAUCCAAGAUCAAUUGUGACGUUAAUUUUUUGAACGUUUUACAACAUUUUCAAUUCGAAGAAGAAUUUCUUCGGAAAUUAAGGCAUAUAGUGGUUAAAAACUCACCUUUCAAUUUUACUAAAAAAUCAAUCAUUAAAUCAUUUUCUUUUAAAGUUUUACAAUUGCAAGAUAAAGUUGAAGUGGACAAAAAUGUUCCUCUUGCUAAUUAUAGCCAUGAUAAACGUAUCAUGAAAUUGAAUUACAUUUUUGAUCAUUCAAAUACAGAGAUGGAUGAGAUUGAGGGUGAAAUUCCAUUAGAUGAAAUUGAUACUUUAAAUGCUUUGGUGAGACACUGGAAUAGAAUUGUUCUCCCGAAAAGUGGUCAAAGAUUAUUUUCUAACGAGCGAACAAUACCAAUGCAAUUAUAUCCAUUAUCAUUAUCUUCAGAAAAUGAAGAAUUCUGGGUGAAAAUGUAUGAUUGGAUAUUUGCUCAUUUACAAAUGUGUUUCAAGGACAAGAAACUACAACUCAAAGAUAGAAUUUCUCUCUUUGAUAAUGUUAUGAAAAGCUGUCAACUAUAUGAUACAUUUACCUGGAAGGUUAUUGAUGAUUUUUUGACAUUGGAAUAUUUGUCUGCCAACAAAGAUUUGUUUUUGUCCAUAUGUACAAUUUUGUUCCCAAUUAUUGAAUGCCCUGAUACUGAGAAUCCAGAAAAGUUGAAAGAAUUUAGAAAAAAAUUUAGGCGCAUAAUCACAAUAUGUAAUUUGAGUAAAGAAGAUGGACAUAAUAGCAAAAAGCGAUGGUCCUCAUCUCAAAAUACGACAGUAUCUGUUAUUUCAAAUUCAAUCAUUACAAUGGUGAGAACUUGGAUGUCAGCUCCUACUGAUGUUAUUGGUUUUCAAAAGGUACUAUUUUCAUUAGAAAUAUUGAAUGAAUUGAGGAAACUACUGAUUUCUAAUAUUAAUCAUUCUAUUGAAAAUAGACAUACCAUCAUUAGCACAAUUUUAUUACUUAAUUUAUUGUCCUUCAUAGCUCUAAAAUUUCAGAAGAGAUUCAACUCAAAAUCAAGUGAGAAAGAUGUAGCAGAUGAAGCUUUAAAAAAGAUUAUUCUUACGUCAGGUACCAUAAAUAAACUUUGUACUUUAGAUGAUCCGUUGAUACUUGAUGCAUGUUGCCAUUACUUGGUCAGUAUUAAAGGCUUAUUAAUUUACAGGGAACCUGAUGAUAUAUACGUUCAAUUACAGAACAAAUACAUCCUAAAUAUAACAACUUAUCUUUGGAGGAAUAAAAUUUUCAAAUCGAAAAAAAUAUUUGACAUUCCAACUAAAUUUUUGAAGGACUUGAUUAAAAAUAUAUACUUACCUACAUUGACCUCCAAAAAUAAAGCCUUAUUCUCAAUGUUUGGUAUUGCAUCAACAUCAUAUAUCCCAAUAGCUGCUCUACAUCAAUUGGAAAAGGACAAUAAUUGUAAAGUCCAUUAUAAAGAACUUCUUAAUGAAGAAGGAUUCAAUAAAUUUUCUAAGAAAUGGAAGGAUAAAACCGAAUGGUUACCUGAAAUACUUUCGUUUGAUGAAUUUAAAGAAAUGCUGUUAAAACAGAUAAGCGGAAUGGAUCCCUAUAAAAACAUUGCAUUAUUCUUAUUUACUUAUUUGAAAAGUCUUUCUCAUUAUAUAGAAAAUAGGCAAAACUGA